AGUCUCCUUGCUUAAGAUCCCUUCUCGAUUAGCGCCGCCGCCUAAUCUCGCCGGCGAAAUGGACGCCUUCCUCGCCGGGAUCCCGCAGUUGCGCAGGCCGGCGGCGUUGGUCGCGCCGUGCUGCGCGCUGGUGCUCCUCGCCACCCUCCUCCUCCUACCCCGCGCUCCUCCUGCCCCUGGGCAGCUAGCCUCCGCCGGCGCGGCCGCUGAACGAGCGGCCGUCCGGCUCGACGCGACGGUGGAGCGGAGGAGCGGCAACGAGUUGCUGUGGCAGCUCCCGCCCACCCCGCCGCGCGCCGCGCUUUUCGCGGCCCCCGGCUGCACCAUCCGCGCCACCGACUUCUUCGACGCCUCCCCGGGCUGCCCGAGCUGCGCGGGGCUCCCCGAGGAGCGCCGCUUCACGAGCGAGGCGCUCCGCCGCGGCUACGCCGUCCUCGCCGUGUCGAGCCGCGCGGAGUGCUGGUCCCUAGACACCGGAGAAGGAAGCGAGCUCGCCGCCGUCGAGUCCAUCAUCGAGUGGUGGGUCAGGGAGAAGCACCCCCAGCUCGCCGGCCUCCCGCUCGUCGGAAUCGGCGCGUCGUCGGGAGGGUACUUCCUCUCCGCGUUGGCGGCGAGGGUCAGGUUCAGCAGCGUCGCCAUCAUGAUCGCGGAGGGCGUGUUCGGCGCGAUGGAGGACAUCCCGGCCAACUACCCGCCGGCGCUGUUCGUCCACAUGCCCAAGGACGACGAGAGGGCGCGGGAGGUGGCGUCGAACAUGGGCAAGCUCAAGGGGAACCGCGUCAGCGCCGGAGAGAUCCAAUGCGGCGAGUUGGCCGUGAGCGCCCAGUUCUUGGCAGCGCGGAUACCUGGUUUGACCCGUGCCGUCGCCGACGGGCUGGUCGACGUGCUUCACCGGAAGGGGUUCGUGGAUGAGAAGGGGUUCCUGAAGAAGGACGGGAGGAGUACACCAUGGAAGAAGGCGGCGGAGGAGGCGAAGGUCUUGCCGGAGGGGUUCCGGCUGGAGAGGCAUGUCACGGAGGAGCUGAAUGUUGCAUAUGCCUACCAUGAAUUCACCAGCCUCAAGAAUGGGGAAAUCUUUGAGUGGUUUGAGUCCCAUAUGGAUCAUAAGAGCUGAAGUGUUCUAGUAGCAGUUGCAUUACUAGAACUGAGUAGAAGCGAGCAAACCUGAUGCUGGAUUCAGCUGAUGCUGCUGAUUUUGAGGAACGGGGAAAUCUUUGAGUGGUUUGAGUCCCAUAUGGAUCAUAAGAGCUAAAGUGUUCUAGUAGCAAUUACAUUACUAGAACUGAGUAGAAGUGAGCAACCUGAUGCUGGAUUCAGCUGUUGCUGCUGAUUUUCAGGAAUGGAAUUCACGGUCUUAAAUCGUUGGUUUAAGAGAGAUGGGAAAAUGGAGGAAAACCUUGUAAGGCUUCUACUUAUGGUUUAUCGUUCACAAUGUCCUCUUGUAGUUCCUAAUAUGAUUACAUUUCCUUCUUGAAUUGUUGUUGUUGAUGCAAGCGAGCAAUAUGUAUGAUGCCCCCAUUGUGUUGCCAUCCUAUCGAGUUUGUAACAGAGGAAUACCUUCAAUGUACACAAAAAUGAUAAACAUGUUGAACAACUGGUCCUUCCAGAGCAAAUGUUUUCAU